GUGUGUUUUAACCCAAUGCGGCCGCCGUAGGCGCGGGAUCAAGAUGGCUCCCUCCGUUUUUCUUCGUGCUGUGAGAGCGGCUUCAGGAAUCUUACGGCCCCUGAAUAUUUUGGCAUCUUCAGCCUAUCAAAACUGUGCCAGGAAUGCCUCUCUUAUUUCUACACUGUCCACUGGUCAUUUUAGUCAUGUUCAGACACCACUUGUUUCCUGUGCUCCCAGUCUUACCUCAUCUGCCAGAAACCUAACAUGUGGGCAUACUGCAACAAUCCUUAAUAGAGUGGCCCCCUUGUUUCCAAAUGUCCUGAAGCUGCCAGUCAGAACUGUAACAUACUUCAGUACACGAAAAGGCAAGAGAAAGACUGUGAAAGCUGUCGUCUAUAGGUUUCUUCGACUUCAUUCUGGCCUUUGGCUAAGGAGAAAGGCUGGUUAUAAGAAAAAAUUAUGGAAGAAGAAAGCUGCAAGGAAAAGACGCUUGAGGGAAUUUGUGUUCUGCAAUAAAACCCAGAGUAAACUCUUAGAUAAAAUGACAACAUCUUUCUGGAAGAGGCGAAACUGGUAUGCUGAUGAUCCUUAUCAGAAGUAUCAUGAUCGAACAAACCUGAAAGUAUAGAUCAGAAGUUUUAUAAUUUCCCAGUUAUUGAAUAUGUAUCUUUGGAUAAUGAUGUCUCUGCAAAAAUGAGUAACUAUAAAAUCUGAUGUAAAUUGUACCAAUUAAUAUGUAAACAUACAGUGCCAACAUUAAACUUAUGGAAGUUUUUAUACUUA